AUGAACUUCUUUGGGACCCCAACAAUGUUCCUUCAUGGACUGGCUGCAAAUAAGUUCAUCUAUACUUGUGAUGGUAGCACACUUGUCAAUCAACAUCCAUUAUCGCCUGAAGUGUUAAAGCAAUAUGUUGGUAAGAUAGAUGAAGAAGUUAGGAAGCAUUUUGAGAUGCAUUGGCAUGGCAAGCAGAAGAUUUCGGCAAUGCUAUUGAUGAAGACCCUUACAUUCAACAUUUUGAGCUCACUGAUAAUUGGAAUUGAACAAGAACAGGAGAAAAUUGUCAGGAGUAAGACCUUGGGGGAGCUUCUAACAUGGAAUGAUCUUGCAAGUAUGAAAUACACAUGGAGAGUAGCAUUGGAGUCUCUAAGGAUAAUGUCUCCUGUAUUCAUUUCCUUCAGGAGGGUCGUUAAAGAUUUCGAGUAUGAAGGAUACCUUAUUCCCAAAGGAUGGCAGGUAGCUUGGUCAGCCUGCAUGACACACAUGAAUGAGUGUAUCUUCCCAGAUCCAUCAAAGUUUGAACCAAGACAUUUCAAGAAAGCAGCAUUCCUCCCUCCAUACAGUUUUGUAGCAUUAGGCGGUGGACAUAGAAUAUGUCCUGGAUAUGAAUUUGCAAGACUUGAAACUCUGAUUACAAUACAUUACCUGGUGAACAGGUUCACAUGGAAGCUCUGUUGCCAAAACAUUUCUUUUUCUAGAGAUCCAAUGCCAACAUUCAAGUAUGGACUAGAGAUAGAAAUUGAACCAAAGAUUCCUGACUAA